UAUGAAUUAUACAUGAUUUUUUUAAAUGUUCGAUUUCAUUGACAAUAUUCGAUAUGUUCUUUUAGAAGAGUUUAUAAAUAUUCUAGAUUUUUUUACGAUUGUAAGUUUAAGCCUCUAUGAUAAAAUAACUGAUAACUUAACAAUUAUUCUUCGCAAGAAAUUUGGAAGAGCACCACGCAAUGAUAAAUUUUUAGUAUGAAUGAGUCUCUUAUCGUAAAUCUGUGAGUAUAUAAAGUGUUUUUACGAUAAAAUUUAUUGUGAAGUAAUAUGGAAGAAGAAAAUGUACCUAGCGAAGAACAGCCAAAAGGCGAAGAAGUUGAAGAAGGCGACAAUAAUGUCGAAGGUCAGGCUGAUACUGAAACUAGGACCGAUGAACAAACAGAGGAUCAGGAAGGACUGGAGGGAGAGGUUACAGAGAGAACUGAAGGUGAAACGGUGGUUGGCGAACAUGAUGAGCAAGAUGAAUUACUUGGGGAACAUAAAGAGCUUGUUGUGGGUGAAGGGGAGGAAAUGAUGGGCGAAGAAUUGGAAGGAGAGCAUGUAGAAGGGGAAGAAACUGAGAAAAAAGAACCACCUCCACCUGUCGAAGAGGCAGUGGAAGAAGAAGAAGAGGGAUACGUUGAAGAGCCACCUCCAGACCCCACUGCGCCUUACGAUUUAACUGACUCCAAGGAAGCUCUAAAACCACCUUUUGAAUUGAGACCCGAGCAGUUGGCCGAAAUCGAGCAACUUUGGGACUUUUAUCAAAACUGUACACCUGCUUAUGCCGACCUUGACGGAUACAUAACUGAGAAAGAAUUAGUUUAUAUGCUAAAAUGUCUGAUGCUGAUGACUGUUACGCCGGAGCAAUUACAAGAGUUGAUAGCAUAUUGUGUAAGACCACCCCAUCCUCAAGGUCAUAUAAUAUUUGAGCAGUUUUUGAAGAUGGUAACUAUACGGCAAAGAGACUUCCCAGUUGAAGAAGAAUUACGGACGGCAUUGCAAGUUAUGGAUCCAGGCAGAACCGGAACUAUUGAUAGGGAAUUUUUAAAAGAGACUCUUUCUAAGCUUGGUUACAAAAUGCCUCAGAAACAAUUGGAUAAUUUAAUUAAAGAAGUAGACAUGAGCAAUGAUGGAACAAUAGGAAUUGAAGAUGUUGUUGGCACUAUGUGCAUAGAUCUGAAUAAAGAGGAUUUGUUAAUGCUUAUGGCAUCAUUACAACCACCAGAAGAUCAAGCGCCUGCUGAGGAACCAUAGCAAAUUUAUCAGUAUGCAUAUGCACUUUAUAUUAAAAGUUGAUGUGUGUAGCCAGGCCUUCUUUGUCACUACUUUUUUAGAGAACAGUAAUUCUGGAAAGUUGUAAAUUUAUAUUUUUUUGCAGGAUACUAUUUGAAUAUAUUCAUGUAUUAAAAGAAAAGAAAAAGUUUUGUACCAACUUCGAAUUUUUAUCAACAUCUUUCGUAUUUUAAAGUUUUUGAUUUAUAGACACUUUCGAAAUUGGCUUUGUGUAACCUUUUUGAAAAAAAGUACCGUGUGGCAACAAUUAGAUUUUAUUUAGAGACGUUGCAUAUAAAAUAUAAGAUUUGUUAUCAAUUUCUCAAGUUAAUCGUGGCACAGUUGAAGCGAUGCCUGCCUCUAAAUUCUACAACAAAGUUAGCGUGUCAUAUUAAUAGUUAUUCCAAUUAGAUAUUGUCAAUCUGAAUGUGACAGCAGAUCGGAACACAUUGGGUGCUGCUGGCCUGACACUAGCAAGUAGCAGCACAGAAAUGAGCCCGCUGCUCUAGGACACUUGGAGGAAAAUAAUCAAAUUAAUUUUACCGAACUUUCUUAUCCGAUCGGA